AUGAGCUCGCCCCACUUCCCCAUAGACGUUAUUGAGAAAAUCAUCGACGUCCUCGCCGCUCGCAGCGAUCACACCGCACUCAGGCGCUGCAUCCGGGUGUGCAAGUCAUGGCAUCCCCGAAGCCGCUACCACCUCUGGCACAGGCUCAUCAUCUCUAGACCCGACCAACUACCCGUGAUCUGCAACACCUUCGCACUCGACACCUCUCUGAGCUCGGUAGUCCAGAUCGUCCGGCUGCACGGCGCACCGGGCACGGACGUCGACGAGCCAGGAGGUUUCCCGAUCGCCGCCAUCGUAGUCCUUCUUCCCCACCUAGGUCACAUAACCACAUGGGAGUUCCAUGGGCGGUCUGGCAUCAUUCCUAGAUCCCCCGUUUAUUUCACGACGUUCCCGUCGAUUCUAGCUUGUUUGCCACAAUAUCGCGCCGUGAGGAAGCUCGUCCUGCGGGAUUGCUAUUUCCUGGGUGCUCUGCAGCUCCAUCGUCUUGUCAAUACCUUUCCUGCGCUUCAGGAUGUCCGGAUGGAGCGCGUGAAUUGUCAGGAACCAACCUCAAGUAUAUCCCUCCCUACGCCCCACACGCAUCGACAGGACAUACGAAGGCUAGAUUUGAAAGAGGUGCGCUUUUUCCAGCCUGAAUCCGACCUCGUCAUUAAUCCCGAGGUCUUGAGUCCCCUGGAGCUCACCUGGAGAGUACCGCGCUGUUAA